AUGCUGACACAGAACAUGAGGUUAGUUACAAAUAUGGAUAAUGACAUAGAUAGACCCUCAAUGACCAGCUUUGCUGAAUGGCUGCUUCAAAUUGGUGAUGGGUUGGUUGGGCAGCCUAAUAUAGAGGAUCCACACGAUACCUCAUGGAUACAAAUUCCAUCCUCAUUAUUGAUACCACCGGGUUCCAAUUCUCUCGAAAAUCUCAGACACUUUGUAUAUGAAACAGCUAUGCUCAACAAUCCCACUGCGACAGAUCUGUCAGUUCAGGCAAUCGUGUGUCCAACAAAUGAAAUGGCUGACAUGAUAAAUAGUAUUGUUCUAAAAAAAAUGGGACAAAUGAUCCUUGGACAACGAACCAAUCAGGCUUACAUAGAAUCGAUAAUGAAUGUUUCUAAUUAUUACACUAUAUCUGAGUACAGUUGUCCUGAAUUGGAUAGACAUCAAAAAGUGAUAGAAAAUACUUUCUAUAUCGAUGUUGGUCUCAGCUCCAUUAUCAGUCCACUUCCAGAUACAGUGACCAUACCAACAACUUGGUUUCGCUUUGUUUCCAAACCACAGUUGAUAGGUCUUGGAGAAAAUCCGCCGUAUUUUUCCAGUUUUAGCGGUCCAAUGCGUCCACAGUCAGCGCCUUCGGGAAUACCAACAACCCAGAAAGACAUCAAAUUGAAAAUGCAGUCGGAACUACUGGAAAAAACAUUUAUGGUGAAAGCAUCCAUCACAGAGUUUGUAUUCCAAGACAGUUGGUGUCAAAUAACAUGUCCGACAUGCAGAGAUCCAAUAUUUAAAAGAGGUCCACAUUGGUUUUGCAGUGCACACGGAGCUAUUGAGAAACCAUCACUAACUAAUACAUUUAGUGUGAUGAUAACGGACACAACUGACACUUUACAAGCCAUCGUAUCUGACACCUCAUCUCGGAAACUACUAAGUGCUAAUCCCGAAACCUCUCUCCCCGAAAUCAAUUCCAUUAAUAGAAAAGUAUUACCAACAGCUGUCACCAAACAGAAAGGAGAAAUUAAAAAUAUGUCAAUCCAGAUGCUCAGAACAUCCACUUCAGAAAAUUUACGUUUCAUAAUAAUCGAUCUUGUUAAAAGGUGUUUACUACGCGGGUUGUUUAACUUGGAUCCGGGUUUGACCCGGUGUAUAUAA